GAGGCGAUGUGAGGAAGCUGCAAUAAACACACAGGGCGUCUGCGCCUAUCUAAGUAGGACAAUAAAGUGAAAACGGCAUCAAUGCUCUAACAAUGGAUUUGUCACAUACCCUUCUCCUUAAAGUUUUCCUCUUCGUGUACUUGCUAAACUACACCCAAGGACACUAUAGAAAUCCCCUGAACAAGUACAUCCGCCACUAUGAAGGCCUGUCCUAUGACACAGAGCUUGUGCACAGCAAGCAUCAGAGGGCCAAGAGGGCACUCUCUCAUGAAGACAAGUACCUGCAUUUAGAUUUUCAUGCCCAUGGAAGGCACUUUAAUUUACGAAUGAAGAGAGAUACCACCUUGUUUUCCCCAGAUUUGAAGGUAGAUGUUUCAGGUGAAGAGAUUCCAUAUGAUACCUCUCACAUCUACACUGGAGAAAUCUUUGGCGAGAAAGGCACAUUGACUCAUGGCUCCAUUGUGGAUGGUAAAUUUGAGGGUUUUAUUCAGAGCUACCAUGGCACUUACUACGUGGAGCCUGCGGAGAGAUACCUUGAGGACAAAGACGUGCCCUUCCACUCUGUCAUCUACCAUGAAGAUGACAUACACUACCCGCACAAGUAUGGCCCAGAGGGAGGCUGUGCCGAUAGCUCUGUGUUUGAAAAGAUGAAGAAAUACCAAACCUCUGCCGUGGAGCAGCCCCCUAAGGAAGUCCACACUGAUCUGGACACCCAGCUGCUGAGGAAGAAGAGGAUGGCCCAGGCUGAGAAAAACACAUGUCAGCUUUUUAUUCAGACCGACCACCUCUUCUUCAAGUAUUACAAGAGUAGAGAAGCUGUCAUAGCGCAGAUCUCCAGUCAUGUGAAGGCCAUUGAUGCCAUUUAUCAAGGCACAGACUUCAUGGGCAUUCGUAACAUCAGUUUCAUGGUGAAACGGAUCCGGAUCAACACCACCAAUGAUGAGAGGGACAAGUCCAACCCAUUCCGCUUUGCCAACAUUGGUGUGGAGAAGUUUUUGGAGCUGAACUCGGAGCAGAACCACGACGACUACUGCUUGGCUUAUGUUUUCACUGACAGAGAUUUUGACGAUGGGGUGCUGGGUUUGGCCUGGGUGGGAGCGCCCUCAGGGAGCUCUGGAGGCAUCUGUGAAAAAAGCAAGCUGUACUCAGACGGAAAAAAGAAGUCUCUCAACACUGGUAUAAUCACUGUACAGAACUACGCCUCCCACGUACCUCCGAAAGUCUCCCAUAUCACUUUUGCACACGAAGUAGGCCACAACUUUGGCUCCCCGCAUGACUCUGGAUCUGAGUGCACACCAGGGGAAUCCAAAAGCCAAGACAAGAAGGAGAAGGGCAAUUAUAUCAUGUAUGCAAGGGCUACAUCUGGAGACAAGCUUAACAACAACAAGUUCUCCCUCUGCAGCAUUCGCAACAUCAGCCAGGUGCUGGAAAAAAAGAGGAACAACUGCUUCGUCGAGUCUGGCCAGCCCAUCUGUGGUAAUGGUAUGGUGGAGCCUGGUGAGCAGUGCGAUUGUGGGUACAGCGAUCAGUGCAAGGACAAGUGCUGCCAUGAUGCCAACCAGCCUGACAACAAGAAGUGCACAUUAAAGGACCAUACAGUCUGCAGUCCCAGCCAGGGUCCUUGUUGUACAAGCGAAUGCAUUUACAAGGCUCGCGGUGACAAGUGCCGAGAGGAGUCGGAGUGCGCUCACCAUGGCGUGUGUAAGGGCGACAGCGCCCAGUGCCCCACGUCGGAGCCCAAGGCCAACUUCACCGCCUGCCACGGAGAGACUCAAGUCUGCCUCAACGGGGGCUGCUCCGGCUCCAUCUGUGAGAAGUACGGGCUCGAGGCGUGUACCUGUGCCAGCCAAGAUGGCAAGGAUGAGACCGAGCUUUGCCACGUGUGCUGCAUGGAGAAAACAAAUCCCAGCACAUGCAGCAGCACAGGAUCAGAGCGCCUGGCUCGUUUCUUCAAUAAAAAAGUCACCACGUUGCCAGCUGGCUCGCCUUGCAAUGACUUUAAGGGCUACUGCGAUGUGUUCAUGAAGUGCCGACUGGUGGACGCAGAUGGGCCACUUGCCAGACUAAAGAAGGCCAUCUUUAACCCUGAGCUGUAUGAGAACAUCGCCGAGUGGAUUGUGGCUUACUGGUGGGCAGUGCUCUUGAUGGGUAUCGCCCUCAUCUUGCUUAUGGCUGGUUUCAUUAAGAUCUGUAGUGUGCAUACUCCCAGCAGCAACCCCAAACUUCCACCACCCAAACCACUUCCAGGGACUUUGAAAAGACGACGAGCGCAGCAGCAUGCUAGCUCUCAGGUGCAGCACCAGUCCCAGCACCCGCACGGCCACAGCGGACACGGGGGCCACGGCGGCCAGCGGCAGGCACAGAGGCAGCCUCAGCGCCAGGCACAGCCCCAGAGGCACCACCGUCAGCCCAGAGAGAACUAUCAGAUGGGCCAGAUGAGACGCUGAGACCCUGCACCCAGCUCCCCCUGCUCCCCCCCCAAUGCCUUGGCUCCUCCUUGUGCCUACAGAGGGAAACAAAAGCGUCACUCCAUCCAAAGAAACGCCUGACAUGGUUGUUAGUCAUCAUCAUAUCCUCCAACUACAGAC